GGAGCUCUCGCGAGAUCUCGCGCUGCCGGAGUCGGAAGAGGAGCGGUGUUUGGAGCCGCUGUUUGUUGUUGUUUGUUUAUUAGGUGUUUAUCGCGGAUCCUCGGGCAGAAUGGCGGGGUUUCUCGGCGCAGCGCUGCUGGGAUUUAUCUGGGCCGCGCUGCUGUGCUGCUGCUCGGCGUCGGCCGACGUGUUUGACGGGGUUUUGGGCAGCACGGCCUCCUGCCACAGAACCUGCAGGAUGACCUACAGCCUGCACACCUACCCGCGGGAGGAGGAGCUUUACGCCUGUCAGAGAGGCUGCAGACUCUUCUCCAUCUGCCAGUUCGUUGGAGACAGCGAGAACCUCAAUCAGACCAAAUCCGAGUGUGAUUCUGCGUGUCAUGAGGCCUAUAGUCAGGGAGAUGAGCAGUACGCCUGCAGUCUGGGCUGUCAGAGUCAGCUUCCAUUCGCUGAGCAGAGGCAGGAGCAGUUAUUGGCCAUGAUGCCCCGGAUUCACCUCCUGUACCCGCUGACUCUGGUGAGGGGCUUUUGGGAUGAUGUCAUGAGCCAAGCCCACAACUUCAUCACCUCAUCCUGGACUUUCUACCUCCAGGCAGACGAUGGCAAAGUCGUCGUUUUCCAGACGGCUCCACACGUCCAGUUUGUUCCUCCGUAUGACUUUCAGAAAGAGGACCUGAAAGAGGACAUGCAGAGCUCAUAUGAAGGGGUGAAUGAGCCUGUUUAUAAAGACUACCACAGAGACUACAUCCAGGAAAGAGGAGUGAUCAUGUCCAGAGAUCAUAGCAGCUCACAGGACGAGUACAACCUGUUCAACUGCCUGUCCAGGAACCCCUGGUUGCCUGGAUGGAUUUUGACGACCACUCUGGUUCUGUCUGUGCUGGUUCUGAUCUGGAUCUGCUGCGCCACAGUCGCCACUGCAGUGGACCAGUAUGUUCCAGCUGAGAAACUGAGCAUUUAUGGAGAUAUGGAGUUCAUGAAGGAUCAGAAGUUGACCCCUUACCCACAGUCCUCUCUGGUGAUCGUCAGCUCAGUGAAGGAGGACGAGGCCGGGCCGCUCCCACCCAAGGUUCAGCUGGACCGCUCUGAUAUUUAAGGUUUACUGGUUCUGCACAGCAGGAAGAAUCAGAUGAAGCGAGAUUCCGAUCGCUGUUUAACGUCUUACUCCUCAGCAUUCUCCUCCUCCGUCUGUAGAAGCGAUUCUGUCAUCAGGCACUUUUCCUUUGCGUUUCAGGUUCUGGGCUGUUUUUUUUUGACUGCAGGUGAAGACUCUGUCUGUAUAUUUGGGGGGGGGGGGGGGGGAAUUGCGGGUUUUUAUGCCCAUUUCUAGUGAUGAAGUGCUAUUUUUUUUUAUUACAGUUGAUUUAUUUUAGUGAUCACUAACGACGUGUGGACUGAGGCUUAAAUUCUUUCUUUGUGUGUGUGUGUGUGUGUGUGCGUAGCACAAUGGAGGUUCUGAUGUUAUUAUGUGUGUAUAUAUAUGAUGUGAUCAUAAUCAUCUCCUCACUGAAGAGGCAUUAAAGGAAGAGAUAAAACAGGCUAAUGGUAACAUGGCUAAAUAACAGUGCUAAUUGGUGGCUAUUCGCUUUUAUUUAGCGAUAGCGACGUUAGCUCUUAUUGGAUGGAGGUUUUCCAUUAACUGAAUGAUGAUGAUUAGUUAUUUUGUCUCACAUGGACUCUCAUAAAGUGAAUCAUAAAGUGGAAGGUAAGCGCUAUGAGUAGGGUUUUAGGUACUGAAAAUUAAACUUUUGUAAAGUUCUGUUUGUCUUUUGCUUUGUUGGAAAAAUUCCAGAAUAAAAACCCAGUUGUUUCAA